AUGGCGGGGGUCGUGGUGAGCGGAGACCAAGUGUCCUACAUCAGUCAAGAUUGUGAAGAAAUUCCAGAAUUCCUGGGAAGAAACUAUGGCCACAUGGCAAAAAGGCUAGACCUUAGUUUCAACUUGCUAAGGUCACUGGAAGGACUGAAAACGUUCGGCUCUUUGGAGGAGCUGAUCUUGGACAACAACCUACUCGGAAACGACCUUCUGCUGCCCAGGUUACCCCAGCUCCAUACCUUAACGCUCAACAAGAACCAAAUAACAGAAUUAGAGAGCCUUUUGGAUCAUUUGGCUGAAGUUGUGCCUUCGCUGCAGUAUCUCAGCUUGCUUGGAAACGUGGCCUGCCCGAAUGAAUUGGUCAGCAGAGACAAGGAUGAAGAUGACUACCAGAGGUACAGAUACUUUGUCCUGCACAAAUUGAGAAAUCUGAAAUUUCUUGAUACUCGGAAAGUAACCAAGAAAGAGAGAGAGGAAGCCUUGGUAAGAGGUGCCUUCAUGAAAGUGGUCAAACCCAAGGAUGCUAAGGCCUCCGGUGAUGAUGCCUCCAUCUCUCCAGAGAUGCAAUAUACACCUCUGCCUUUGGGAUCCAGGGACCUCACCAAUCACAGAGGCGUUUUGGGAAAAUGCCGCUACGUUUACUACGGAAAACAUUCCGAGGGCAACAGAUUCAUCCGAGAUGACCAGCUAUAAAACACAGCAUUGCUUUGUGCCUCUUCAGUCCAUCUCGAUAAGAAGCGCAAAUUGCAUCCAGAUUUUAAGCAUGUAACUAAAGUCCUCCAGUGCCUUCUGCUGACUUUGCCAAGCCUGUCAAGAUCAUCCUUCUAUCUUCGUCUGAGUAGUCACAUAGAGAUUGACAUGAUUGCCUUUAAGCAGGUCCCAUCUACCAGCGUGACAGACAGCUGCAGCCAAGCACCCGGCCUGACAGGAUGAGCACCGUGAUGGAUUGCCUGGUCCGACUGCUGCUCGCAGCAGAGCAGAGGUCACACCUGGGGCUCCUCCGAGCCCGCGCGAUCCGCAGCCCGCGCAGCGCCUGCCGCUGCGGCUCGCCUGUUGAGCAACAGGGGCUGGCGCUAGCCGAGUGUUUAGGAAGGAGAGAGGSUCUAAUUUCACAUGAAAAAGCACCUUAUCUGCUCUUACUUUCCCCCYUUGAAUUAAGUAUGUUUCUAUCUCACGCGUGCAUAUGAAAAUCUUCCUCACAGAGCUUCACCGUCUUCCCCACCAACAAAUGGGUCUAUGUGGAUUCUUUUUUCUUUUCAGGAUGUAUUUUACUUCUUGAAAUAUUUGAGCCAUGCACAGUGCUAUUACUUUGUAUUUUUGUUUACAUAUAAAGAUGUUUAAGCACUUUUCCAGGCCAACCAAAUUUUGCUAAUUUUAAAUUAAAUCUCAAGGUUUAUUCACCUUCAAGAAAGGGACCAUUCUUAACACUGCAGAAUAGUGACACAGAGGACCUCACAUGGUAUAUGCUUUGAAAAAGUCCGUGAUUACAACCUGGUCACAGUGUGUUAUUCCUGUUUUAUUGGAUAACAUACUUUUAAGUUGACCAGAGAUUGCAUUUAGAAUUAAAUGCGUACAUUUAGAAAGAAAAACUAUAGUUCCUCCUGCCAUCUUCAACAAGGGGAGCUAUAAAAUAAAAUUUUCACCAGGUGUCUAUCGUUAUUUUGAAGGAAAAAGAAGAAAAUAAAAGUAACUGGUGGAAUUAACAUAAUUAGAACCUUUGCUAAUAUGUUCUAGGAAUGAGCUCUCGUUAAUCUCCUUUGAUGUAUAUGCAAGCAAUGCUUCUGUCAGAUUUUGAAAACAACAAUGCAUAGCAUAUUUCCUGCUUUUCUGAUAAACAGCUUGGAUGUACUAAGAACUUGUUACUGUGAAAUUCCCAAAGCUUUAUAAAUACACUGCAUUCAGUGCUACUGGAUCCAAAGRAAUGGGCCAAGGAAUGAGCAGAAAUUCUGACCUCUGGGCUUUUCCAAACCUGUUCAUAUUGGUCCCAAUUGAGAGUGGUCGCUMUCUGACUUUUUUGGCUUGUCUGAAAUCACUGGUUGCUUUUAAUUCACUUUUAUUAUUAGCUGGUGGUGUAAAUGGAAAGGAGCUGGAUGUAGAAGCCAGCUUUGAAGUUAGGUUUGUUCUGUAAAAAAAGAUGAAACCUAAUGACAGAGUGACAAAGAAAAACUUGGUGCUGCUGUCCAUUUUAGACUUGCUUCCUCUGAAUGUCUAUAGUAAAUAUUUAAUAAAUAUUUGAAAUUGAUGAGGAACAUAGAAUUAUCUACUUUGCAUCACUUAUAGAGCAGACCUUAUAUUUUACGUUUAGAUUGAGCUCUGAGCUGCUCGUUGAAACAACCGGUGAGUUUUGGCCACUUGUAACACCUUGGGUAAUGUCAUAGAUACCUCCUAAUGAAAUUGUAAUGACCAGUGGGUAAAUUCAUGUUAGAACUUGUAGGA